AUGAUAGAGGAUAUGCAUGAGGGCAAACGGGUUAAGGGAUUUUCAAAGGACGAGGCUGCAAGGAUAUCGAAGCUGCUGAAAAAGAAGCUUGGGCCCGAGUUCAUAAGCUACCGCCCUGGUUUCAACUCUGCAAAGGUGGCAUAUAUCGAGGGGUGGACAGCAAUCAGUCUUGCAAACAGGAUAUUUGGAUUCAAUGGGUGGUCGUCUGAAAUAAGAAGCACCACUGUGGACUGCGAGACAGUGGAGGAUGCAAGGGUGUCUCUUGGCGUUUCUUGUGUGGUGAGAAUCACACUGAAAGACGGUUCGUGCAGAGAGGAUGUAGGGUUUGGAAGCUCCGAGGGGCAGAGGAGCAGGGUGGUUGCAUAUGAAAAAGCAAAGAAAGAGGCAGCAACUGAUGCACUGAAACGAGCAAUGAGGCAGUUCGGUAACUCACUAGGAAACUGCUGCUAUGACAAGGCAUACAUCAAAGAAGUGCAACGUGUAAACAAGAUCAAUGAAAAGGCAUUGGACUCGAACGAUUUAUUCAGAAACAACAGCAUUCAAGCAGCAUCUCAAGAACGCGAUAACACCAAGGACGACUCGCUUGACAUAGACUAUGAUCUAAGCGAGCAUUUGUGA